AUGUCGAGAUAUCCCCUAGACAGCCAAGCACCAGCAGUAAUUGUGCUGACUCGCUUCUUGUUGGUAACCUUGAUCCUGGGAACGCUCGCUCGGCUAGCGACGAAAUGGUGGAAAUUCCGCACCUUCUUUCGGGACGACUACUACAGCCUAGGGGCGAUGCUAGCCUCCAUCGGCCAGGCAAUAGCUGUCUCGAUCGCAGUGAACGAGGGAUAUGGAACACAUAUCAAACAGCUCAGUGAAGGCCAAGUAGCUGGUAUUCUCAAGGACCCUCCCAUCUUGUCGUCGCUCAGAACAGAGAAAAACGAAACUGACCAUAAUCGUCUCGACAGCGUCCCCGCGACUCUAAUUGCCCAGUGCGUUCUAACCCAUAACACCAUUAAUUCCUCCGACCCAACUCUAGCGACAUGGUCGAUAGCUGUCUGCGCGCAACUAGCCCUCUGCCUAAGCGUCGUCACAGCCAGCACGCCACAAUUCGUCCCCGUGCUCAGACGCCUACAAUCCAGUGGGAUGAGACUCGAUGGAAUGACCCGGUACAACACCUCCAGCAACCCGCAGUACUCGCGCUCUCGGUCGCGCUCAAAGUAUGCUCACUCUGCGCGGCGAACGGGUAACGCAUCUACACAUGAGCUUGAUAAUCUGCCGUUGGCGGGGACGACAAAGACAACGGUUACUGGUGCGAUUGGCGAGAACAGGGUGAGCAGCUGGGAUGAGGGGAGUCAGUCGAGCCAGACAGGGAUUAUUCGGGAAACGAGGACGUGGGUUGUUACUGAGGAGCAUGUGCAGAUUUAG